CGGUACGGAGCAGUACAAACUCAAUUGCUCAUUUUGAUGCAAAUCGAAUACAAACAUAAAAAUUGCACAUAUUUUGCAUAAAAACAAAUACGCAAAUUGUGCGCAUAGUUGCUGCAAAUAGGCCGCCAACAUGGAAACAAACAGCAGCUCGAGCUCCACAUCGGGCAGCAGCUCAUCGAGUGGCUCCUCCAGCUGCUCCGACACCGGCAGCUCCUCCGAUUCCGACUCGAGCAGUUCCGGAGCACCAAGGCCCGAGGAGAAACCCCAACCAGCGAAGCAACAACAAACCGCAGUGCGACGCAAAGCAAGCGAAAAUGAGAAACCGAAAUCCGCCGCUGCAGCCGGCAGCAGUAGCAAUAACAACAAUAGCAGCGCCAGCAGCAACCCGUUGGCGUCGGCAGCGAGCAAGGUGCGCGCCGUGGUGGCGUCAAGCAACCAGCGGAAUGGCGCACUCUCCAGCGACGACGAUGAUGAUGAUGAUGACGAUGUCGAUGAUGCGCCGCCAGCUAAAAAGAAUCCGCGCACAAUAAGCAACAGUGUGGCAGGUGCAGGAAAAGGGGCAGUUGCAGCUGCAGCAUCAGCAAGAAGAAAGCCAUCAACUGGCGCGGCAGCAAAGCAAACAGUGGCAGCAUCUGGCAGCAAAGCAACGCUGCCAGCAAAAACAAAUGGCAACAACAAACGACCCUCGCUGAGCUCCUCCUCGAACAGCACCGAUGAUUCGCGCAAGGAGGUAAAAAAUGGACGGAAAGUGCCGCUGAAGCUGGCGAGCACUGCGACCGCUGUGCGAGCCAAACAGAUGCGCGCCAAGGCGCUGCAAGCGAAGGCAAACAGCAAGAAUGGAGCAGCAGGAGCAGGAGGAGGAGGAGGAGCAGCUGCAGCGCGACGGGCGAGGAGUCGCAGCAGCGAUGGCAGCGAUGAUUCGGACAGUGGUUCCGGGUCGGAGACGAGCUCCAUGAGCGAAUCGGAGGCCAGUGAUUCAAGCAACUCGUACAGCUCUCAGCCGCCGACGGGCAAAGCGAAUCCGAAGGGCAAACGGGUCAUCGUUGGCGACAGCGAGGAGGAGCGCAAGGAUAAGGCGAAUCCCAUGCGUAAGCUCACCCGCUCGCUGAGUAUGCGCCGUUCCAAGCAGCAGCAACAACAGCAGCUGCACCAGCCCAAGCAGCCGAGCAGCGAAACGGAAACGGAUCCCGAGCUGGACAGGGAGCAGGACGACAAGCAGCGUGUCCACUCCAAGAGUCCAGCCAAGAAGUCCGCGAUAGCUGCCGGUUUCAGCAGCAUGAACAACAUCAACAACAGCCUCAGCAAAUGCAAGGUCAAGAAGGAAAUGACUUCCAUCAAAUCGCGACCCAUCUCGCCAGCUGUGCAGCUGGAGAAGAAGUGUCCGAUCGAGGGCUGUGACUCCUCGGGCCAUCUCAGUGGCAAUCUGGAUCGUCACUUUCUGCCCGAGGCGUGUCCCAUCUAUCACAACAUGUCCGCCUCCGAGUGCAAGGAGCGUGCCAAUGAGCGCCGUCAGCGCAACGAGCAACGCUUGAAGCUGCCCAUCAACAUUGUCAGCACGCCGGGCAAUCAGCACAGCAAUCUCAAAUCUCUGACGCCCGAGCAGCGAGAGUUUCUGGCCAAAAUACGCGAAUCUCGCUCCACUUUUCGUCCAAUGAGCCACAGUUUCCUAAACGAUAAGGUCAAGAUAGACAAGGAGUCCAGGGACGAGGAUCGUGAGCCAAGUCUGGCUGGGCUUGUGCCCGAUUACGAUUUGCAGCUGUUUCGCGAGGCGCAGGCCCAGGCCUCCGAGCGCAUCGAGGAUGAGCUCAAGGAUCUGCCUGUUGGCAAAGGCAUCAAAUAUAUCAGCAUGGGCAAGUACAAAAUGAAGGUGUGGUAUCAGUCGCCCUAUCCAGAUGAUGCCGCCCGCCUGCCCAAGAUGUACAUCUGUGAGUUCUGUCUGCGCUACCAAAAAUCGGAGACGGGCAUCAAGCGACACGCCCAGAAAUGCGUUUGGCGUCAUCCGCCCGGCGACGAAAUCUAUCGCAAGGGCAAGCUUCAGGUGUGGCAAGUGGAUGGCAAACGGUAUAAACAGUACUGUCAGCAUCUCUGCCUGCUAGCCAAGUUCUUUCUGGACCACAAGACGCUCUACUAUGACGUGGAGCCAUUUCUCUUCUACAUCAUGACCUUGGCCGAUGUCGAUGGCUGUCACAUUGUCGGCUACUUCAGCAAGCAUAUUCCAUUCUUGCAGGAGAAAAACUCAUUCUAUAACGUAUCCUGUAUUCUUACCCUGCCUCCAUAUCAACGCAAGGGCUACGGUCGACUCCUCAUUGAUUUCAGCUAUCUGCUAACCAGAGUGGAGGGCAAAAUUGGUUCGCCGGAGAAGCCGUUGUCCGAUCUGGGACUCAUUUCAUAUCGCUCCUACUGGAAGGAUGUCCUGCUCGACUAUCUGUGCAAUCGUUCCGGCAACACUCUUUGCAUCAAGGAUGUAUCUCAGGAAAUGGCCAUAUAUUCGUAUGAUAUUGUCAGCACACUGCAGGCGCUGGGCAUGAUGAAAUACUGGAAGGGCAAGCACAUUGUACUCAAAAAGCAGGAUGUGCUGGAUGAGUAUAAAGAGCGUGUGCAGCGACGUGGCACAUUCCCCAAAAUCGACGACUCCUGCUUGCGCUGGCAGCCAUUUAUACCGGCUCAGCCGAGUGCCUCACCUUAGCGGCGUGGCUGGAAGCAUGCCCAGGUGUGCUUGGAUGAGUCUUCCUGAUGAUUGUCAUGUGUAUUUUCUUAGAGAUUCAUACGAAUUUUUUUAGUUUUUAGAUUGUGCAUAGUGCUUAAGACUUCAAGUAUUUGUUUGGUAGCUAAUUGAUAAAUUGAUAACAUACCCUAUAAAUACAUAGUAAAAAUUCA